UUCUGCUCUUCCUGCUGACAACGGAAGUUUAUUAAUAUAGAGUUUCUUUUUGCAUGUUUAGUUUCGUCUACAUCAUUGAGUCUAAAUUUGUAUUUUGUAUUCUAUAAUGGCUGGUGGAAAAGCUGGGAAAGAUUCUGGAAAAGCCAAGGCGAAAGCAGUAUCGAGGUCUGCCAGAGCAGGAUUGCAGUUUCCUGUUGGCAGAAUUCAUCGCCAUUUAAAGCAUAGAACUACUAGUCAUGGUCGAGUAGGUGCCACUGCUGCUGUCUACAGUGCUGCAAUUCUUGAAUAUUUAACUGCUGAGGUUCUUGAACUGGCAGGAAAUGCUAGUAAAGAUUUAAAAGUAAAAAGAAUAACUCCCAGGCACUUGCAACUUGCCAUUCGUGGAGAUGAAGAAUUAGAUUCAUUAAUCAAAGCUACUAUUGCUGGUGGUGGUGUUAUUCCACACAUUCACAAAUCUUUGAUUGGAAAAAAAGGAGCACAGAAACCACAGUAAAGGAUCACAAUUCAUCAAAAUAUUUACAUUUCAUUUUUUUUUACCCAUAAAGAAGACUUUGAAUGGAAAUUAUUCCACAUUCAGAGACUUUUUUUACAGAAAAAUAGACUAAUGAACCAAAAUCAUUCAUCGCCAUAUUGUUAUCCAUACUUUUCUUGAUAUUUCUUCUAAACAUAAGUUUAGUUUAAGGAAAAAAUUGUAAUAAUUAAUUUUCUCUAACAAAUCAAGAUUUUUAAAUAUAAAUAUUAAUUUUGACUUUCAUUUAUGACUUAUAAUUGAUGUUGAACUCUAUUGAUACUUUUUUAGAACCUUUCCUUUGCAUGGUGAUGUAUAAUGGCUACUUUUUACAAGGCCAUUUUUGAUGUAGUACAAUUACUAUGUAAUGGAGAAAAGGAAAGGAUCUUUGACCAUCCUGAAACAAGCUCCAUGCAGUUAUUUUGCAUGUUAGUGCUUUACAAAUGAUUCUUUUAAUCAAUUUUGUAUAUAUUCACAAACGUGUUUUAUGUGUUAACAUUUAUGUUAUAGUCAUGAAUAGUAAAAAAAGUUUAGAUUUAUGCAAUUAGCAUUCAGAGUUGUUAUAUGUUUCGAGGUUGUUAGGAACCCCUUUUUCAAUUGGAAAAUAAACAAACUUAUGAAUGAAAGUUAUCCAAGAAAACUGAUCAAAACAAAAAUGUUUUUUUUUUUUUUUUUUGUCUAUCACAAGCUUGUUAAAUCUAUUAAUCUUUUUUUUCACUAAGAAAUAGUGUUCCUUUGUAACUGUGAAUCAUCUGCUUGCAAUAUUUAUCCCUAUUUGCAUGCUUUUGUUUUUCAUGUUUACUCAUAUUAGUCAUAACUGGAAAAUUGUUUUGUUUACUGAUUGGUGAAAUGGCUCUGUUUCAAUACAUUUUUACUACAGUAAAACCUUGAUCAUUUGUUUUUCAUUGAACCAGUUAUUUGAAACAAUAGAUAUGAGAAAAUGACCCAUGCAGAUUAACAAAAAAUGUAGUAAUAACAAAUUUACUACUAAAAUAUGGAAUGUUUAUAGGGAAAUUACUGAAAAUAUUUAGAAAGCAGAAAUGGAACGAAUAAAUCGAUUUAUUCAAUUAAACUACUGAAAAAUGUCCCUGCACCUUUUUCUAAUAUAGAAAAAAAUAAAUUUUGAUGUUUGCUUUUUUUUUUUUUUCUUUUUUUAUUUAAAUGAAUAAGAAAGUUCUUCAGCAUUUCCAACCCUUUAUGUGCUUCAGGAGAUAUCGGAACUUGUAUAUUUAAAUUUGUAUUCACAAACAUCAUCAUCCCAUCUCUUUGUUCUUUGCUUCUAUUUCUUGAACAGAAACCAAGCUGUAUGUUAUAGGCUUAGCAUCAAUUGUUGUGAAAUUGCCUACAUGAUGGUAAAGGGCACAAAACUUGCCGUUUGUUUCCAAGGUCGAGGAUUUUUUUUUUUUUUUUUUGAAUGAUAGAUACAAGAAUUUCCUAGUUUCUGCAAGUAAAUUUAACUUUACUCAAACAAGAUUUGUGACUGACAGAAUCCAAUUACAAGAGGAGGAGAAGAGAGCUAGGCCAAAUACAUAUUUUGGGGGGGGGGGGGAGUGAUGGCUGUAGUUAAACCUAACAGAGUUCUAUUGUACUUCCGUUUCAUGGGGUUCAGUAGUUAAUUUUUGACCACCACUACUAAUUUUGAAUUUUUCCAACCUUUAGUGAAUUCAUGAUUUUUGUAAGUCCGGUCUCAUCAUUCAUGUUUGGAAUUAAUCUUUCCUUUAUUGAAAUUUCAAAAAAAUUACAAUAAAUGGCGUUCUUUUCUUUUUACCAAUGGUUUCCAGGAAAAAAAUAUAAACAAGAUAGUGAGAGAUACAUUCUUGCUUGUUAGGCUCUGAGGACACGAAAUAAUCUGAACCUUAUGGAGUGCACAGCAGUGGUUUGAGAUUCAACUACUAGUUGCAAAAAGUGAACAAAAAUUGAGGAUAUUUGAAGAUCACAAUCAGUAAAAGAAUGACUGACACUGCUACAUUAAAGCAAUAAGCGAACAGGUGCUGCAGUUGAGGUGAGCCUUAAAUUUAUGCUAAAAACAAUCAUAAUUUUUUCAAAUAGUUUGAAACUUUUAAAUGUGCUAAAAACAUUUCAUCUUAUCAGCAAAUUUACAAGCGAAAGUUUGCUUAAAAUUGGAAUUAAAAAUUAAUAAAAUCUAAUUUUUAAAGGAAAAUCAAUCAGUAAACAUUUAAAUGUACACAAGCUUCAAAUUGAUUUUGUAAAAAUGUUCAUCGUAACCAAAUGAAAAAUAUGAAGACUAUUAGUAGGGAUUUUGUAGAGGUGAGAUUUCAAAAUGAACAAACCGAGCAACAAACUUUUAUAUGAGUGAAAAUUUUUGAAAAAAAUUGUUACCAUCAAAAAGAAAGUGAACUUGGACAAAUUUCUUUCACUUUUGUAAGAAAUAAAGCAUAGUUGGCACAUAUGCAAACAUGCUUGUGGGUUUUGUGUAGAUGAAAUUUUAAUGAUUUUGAUUUAUAAUGACAAUACAUUCAUUUAAAAUAUACAGCAAUGUUAAGAUUUUAUCAUGGAAUAUUUCCAUCAGUGUUUUCAAAUGGUAUAAAAAACACUUUUUCUACUUGUAAUCAUGCUUAUCAGAAAAAGCAUUUCAUGUGCACAUGGUUUCAAAUUCUUACAUUUAUGCUUGAAAAUCCAGCAAGAAGAAUCUGUAAAAGCAAAUAGAUAUAAUUUGUACCAUAUCUUUUGCUUGCAUUGAAAGAAGUUACUUCAACAUGCAAAUGAAAUGAGCAAUACUAAAAAUGUUAUAAAUCUGUCUUUUUUGCAUUUAAUAUUUUCAUUUAUUCAUUUUAUAUACAUGUAUACUUAUAUAAGAGAUGGGCCAACACAUAUGCCAGAUUUUAAUUUCAAAUUAAAUGCCAUAAUUUAUUUGAAAAUUUUGUAUUGAUUUAAAAUGAUCACAUGAAAUCCAGUGGCCACUAGUAUUCCCCAAACCCCUAGUGAUGGCUGUACUAGUACCCGCUAGCUAAACUUAUGAAUUUUGUUCAAUUUCAGCAAUCACACAUUUAAUUUCUGUUCUCCGUUAUAGGAUUUUUUUUUUUUUUUUUUUGUGUGUUUUGUUAGUAUUUGACAAAAUCUAAUAGAUGCAUGACUACAUGUUUCAAGAUCUGGGCAGUAAAUUUAUGUCAGCAAUUUUAGAAGUUGUGUGAAUGAGAAAAAUGUUAAAAACUGCUGAUUUCUCUUGCUGUAAGACCUGUGAUAUCAGCAUGUGAUUUUUUUUUUUUUUUUU